AUAAAGUGUUGCAUGUUGUGUGAUUAACUGUUUUGUUAUUUAAACCAUUCCAAAAGUUACUGCACAGUGUCAGUGAAUUUAAAACACUGGCCAGGAGAGGAAAGAGGUUACUAAAACUUAGAACAGAUAGAUCGAUAGAGAGAGAGAGAGCUAGAGCGGCGAGAUCGAGAGGUGCCCGUCCCCCAGGCUCUGCGGGAUAUCCCUUGAAAGUACCGGAAUACAUAAGUAACGAUGGCCAAUACUGAAGGAAUUAGGCACCGUAAACCAGAGGCAACUGAGGAUGACAGGCAAAGUGUACCUCCCAAGCAGGGGAAGAGAAAUUUAAAGGAGCAGGGGAUGGUGACAAAGUGCUGCAGCCUUUGUUUUUCAUUAUUCAAGAUCUCUCUUCUGAUUGUGCUUGCAUUGACUAUACUCAUCACGCUCAAAACUUCUCCUGUAGAACCAGAGGCAUUUGAGUUGCCUCCUCCUAGGCCAUGGACAGGAGCUUUGGCCCCCAACAACAAACUCCAGAAAGCUCAGAAGCUCCUAGAAGGCAGAAUCAUUGGACCCGAAUCAUUGGCUUACAAAAAUGGCCGCAUUUAUACAGGUACCUAUGAUGGUAAAGUCGUAGAGAUUAGCAAUGAGAAAGACAUCAAAGUUAUCGCACAACUCGGUACUCCUCCAUGUGGCACCAGAGAAGACGAGAUGAAAUGUGGUCGUCCGCUUGGAAUCAGGUUCAUCGAUGAUAAACUCUACAUGAUGGAUGCUUACUAUGGGCUAUUUGAAGUCGAUGUGAAAGGAGAAUCCCUUCCCAUUGAACUGAUUUCAACUCAGAGGAGUUACAAGGGACAUCAGAUGAGAUUCGGCAAUGAUUUUGAAAGACUAGAAAAUGGAGAUUUUAUCUUCACCGAUUCUAGCUACCGCAAGUACCGCAAGGACUAUGCGAUGCUUACUUUGGAAAGCAAAGAUUGUGGAAGGCUGAUAUGGUUCAAUCCUGUGAGCAAAAUGAGUGACCUGUCAAUGGAUAAAUUACACUUUCCCAAUGGAGUCCAACUCUCACCUAAGAAAGACUUUCUCCUCAUUGCAGAAACAUCAAGAUACCAAAUAUUAAAGUAUUACUUGACGGGGCCUAAGACUGGAUCAACAGAAGUCUUCAUUGAUAACCUACCAGGGAUGCCUGACAACAUUAGACCCAGUCGUGAUGGAGGAUACUGGGUUGGUAUGGCUUUUGCUAACGGCAGGAGAGGACUUCUAACCAUGGACCUCAUUGCCCCAUAUCCUUGGCUUAAGCGCUUCGUAGCAAAGAUCAUCGAUCCUGUUAGGAUAAUGCAAUUCUUGCCUCAGUAUGGUCUCAUCAUAGAGCUGAACCAGAAAGGAGAGAUCAUCCAGAGUCUACAUGACCCCACAGGAGAAAUUGCGCCUUCCGUCAGUGAGGUCCUCGAUACAGGAGAUGCUCUUUAUCUGGGCUCCUAUCAUGCCCCUUAUCUACUCAAACUAGAUAUGUAAUGGUAUAGUGCAUCAAUGAUUUCAUGGUUACAUAAUACCUUGGUCAGUAUGGACCUUGAAUAUGUUCUACAUAUGAUUUUGUUUUUUAGGUGUCUUUCCCAGUCUUUGACUGUGCUUUGAGAAAAGUAAGAAAUCAUACAAACAUGAUGAACCUCUUAGUGCAAUCCUUGGCAUGAAUAGAGUUGUUUACUUUUGUUAAUAUCUAAAUAUGAUUUGUAAAUCCAGGUUGAUCAGCUUUAGACUACGUUAAUUGUUGCGCUUCACCAGUGAUCUACAGUCACACCAGGUUGGUAAUCACUUGAUAUUAAAAUCAAGGUAAACGUAUGUUUGGUGUUGAAUAUAGACCUCAAGUGAACUUAGUGAAGAUUAGUACUAUACAUGUAUUACCACAUUAUGGUGAACUGUGACUCGAAUUUGUGCCGUUUGUCUAAAAGCAAAAUGAGAUGGGAACCUUCUAAAGGCUUCAUCAUUGUUUGUGUAAUCGUGUAGGAAAUUGAAAUUAAUUAUAGUUUAGCGUUUAGAAAAACCACUGAAAUUAUGUGUGUGUAUGUGGUAUAGACCACUUACAAAGUUUCAUACUUAGACACAAAUAUAUGUUGAUUUUUGUAAGUGCAACGAGUUAAUGACUUUGAAAAUGGAAACGAUGGUUUCAUUGUUUUGGUGAGCAAGUUAAGGACCCAUUUAGGUAUAGAUUUUGCAAUAACACAUUUUUACCCUUUUCAUGUCUAUAUUCUAAGACAGGAGGAGGAAUGUCUCUUUUUUAAAAAUCCUUUACAGUUGAUAAUCCUGCAUUUAUGAAUGCACAGUGAUAUGUCAUUGUGAUCCAUCCCCAGAUCCAUCAUUCCAAAAGUGUCUUCAAUAUAAGUGGAAAUCAUCUCAUUAUAUAAUUGUUAUAUAGCAAAGGUGUCUUGUUUUUGUGUAUAUGCCUAAUCUUUCUGAAGUACAUGUAUUAUAAUUGAAUGGUGUAUUGUAUUUAUUGCAAAGUAAGAAAGAGUUGGGUUACAUGUUUAACAAAAGGCGAUAAUGUGUGCUCGAUUUUUUUUCAACAAAUAUCUGUGGAGAACUUGUACCCCAAUGUCAAGUAAAAUACCCCAGAAUGUAGACCUUUACUUUUUCCCAUCCAAAGCUUUGAAUAUCAAACUAAUUGUUCAUGACAAUUUAACAGGUUCCAUCACUUGUAAAUUUCUGGAAAAUAUUUACUGGGAGAGACUUACGACACCAGACUGCACUUACUGGUAAUGCAAAUCUUUGGAUUUAGUUGUGUCACGAACAGUAGGCCAAGUAGGAACAUGCAAGAUUAUUCCUUUCAGCUGUAGUCAGGACCUUCAUAUAGUCAAGCACAUCUUUAAUAGCAGAAAGUGCAGCUGUAAGAUGCAUCAUCAUUUUCUUCCAGUUGUUGUUGAGAAAUUAUAUUUACAAUUCUAAUUCAACCAGUCAGGGCCAGAGUGUAUUGUGAUAUGUACUUUCAGAAUUGUGAUACAAUCAUCAUGUCAAUGUACCAUGUACAUCAUAAUUUUGUGACAGCAGACGGUUAUAUUUUGUAUAAUAGAGCGGGGGGGGGGGGGUGGGGAUCUUAGUAGAACUGGUCUUUUUAUGUCCCCAAUGCCAUGUGCCCAUUUCCAGUUCCACAACAUAAUAUAUAUUAAACAAGCCUCAACUGUCUUCCCCAUCUUUGUGGCAGAACUAUUGUUUUUCCUCUUGAUCAUACUGUGUGUCCCAAUUCUAGAGAAUGUAGACCAUCUCUGGAAAGGAGUUAAAAUUGGAAAUUGCCCUUUUUCAUUCUACCCCCGACUCUUUCAAAGAUUUCAUCAGAUUGAGCCAAAAACUUACUCAAACUGGAAAAGUUAAACAUAUAAUGGGUGUGCAUCAUUAUAGCUAGUCUUCCUAACAUAAUUUGAUUAAAACAAAUAUAUGCAAGUACUAAUAGUUGAGAUCAGUCAGUACUGUUUAUGAUUACCCUUUUAUGAUGCAAUAUUUGUGGAUUUUCUUCUUUUUUUCUUCUAAUAUCAGUUUUUAAAUGUGCAAGAAAAUUUCCUCAUGUAAUUUGUUACUUGUACAGUGUUGUGUUUGAUGUUCAUGAAAUGAAUGAAUAUUAAGGGAAUAUAGCAAAAGAGUUCUGAAUAUAUAUAAGCUAAAACAUUUGAUUUUACGUUUUACUGAUACAUGCUAUUGUUUUAUUACAACACAAGAUACAUGUAAAAGACUAUAAGUCUUUCUUAUAACAUUAAUUUUUUAAUCCAUGGAUCAUGAUGUUAUCAAAUGUCUGAUAAAUAAAACAAUUUCAAGAUAAACAGAGAAA